UAUGCGGUCUGAAGGCUCGCGCGCGGAGGCGGAUCUUCUGUGCGUUCACGGUAAUUUUGCAGCUCUUCUAUGGACGCACAACUUCUCGUUUCCCUAACAGAAGUAAACACAGACUGACACUGAGGGAAGACUUAGCCAAGCGAAGUGAAAUUCUCUCUUCAGUAAGCCAGCAGAGCCUGGUUUUUUUCACCUGCUUUUCCUGGGGCUUCACCGGAGCAAACAUGUACCGCGUGCGGGCGCUGACAGCAGUCUCAGUUGGGAUGGUGCAGUGUUCACGCCGCAUGCACAGCGGCAGCACGCGCUCUCCUCAGCAUCGCAGACUGCUGCUGGCUGCUCUGGCAGGAGUGACGGGCAUCUCUGCAACUACAGGACUCCUCUGGACAAAGGCUUAUGCCGAGGCAGCCUCGUCUGUCAAGCUCGAGGAGGAGCUGCGUGAAGAGGGAGCACCGAAAGACAUGGACGCAGCUUCAGACAGCAUGGUGGAGUCCGGCAGCAGUGAUGAGGAAGCCGAGGAAGGCGAGAGCUCGGAGGGCAAGAAGAAGAAACAGAGAGUUGGCUUCCGUGACCGUAAGGUGAUGGAGUACGAGAACCGUAUCCGAGCCUACUCCACCCCUGACAAGAUCUUCCGCUACUUUGCCACACUGAAGAUCAUCAGCGAACACGGAGACGCUGAGGUGUACAUGACACCGCAGGACUUCAUUCGCUCCAUCACGCCUAAUGAGAAGCAGCCAGAGAACCUAGGUCUGGAUCAGUUUGUGGUGAAGCGCUAUGAUGGAAAGGACUUCUGGCAGAAGAUUUCUCAAGAGCGGGAGAAGUUUGCAGAUGAGGACAGCAUCUUCUAUACACUCGGGGAGUGUGGCCUCAUCUCCUUCUCCGACUACAUAUUCCUCACCACCGUUCUCUCCACGCCUCAGAGAAACUUUGAGAUCGCCUUCAAGAUGUUUGACUUAAAUGGGGAUGGUGAGGUGGACCUGGAGGAGUUUGAGCAGGUGCAGAGUAUAAUCCGUUCUCAGACCAGCAUGGGAAUGAGGCACAGGGAUCGCUCCACCACAGGCAACACUCUGAGGACAGCUGGCUGCAGCUCGGCUCUCACCACCUACUUCUUCGGGGCCGACCUAAAGGGCAAACUCACCAUCGGCAGCUUCCUGGAAUUCCAGAGGAAACUGCAGCACGAUGUUCUCAAGCUUGAGUUUGAGAGGAAUGACCCAGUGGAUGGCCGGAUCACAGAGAGGCAGUUUGGGGGCAUGCUGCUGGCCUACAGUGGUGUUCAGUCACGCAAACUCAAACAGAUGCAAAAAGGCCUGAAGAAGAUGUUCAAAGAUGCGCAGGGUAUCACAUUUGAAGAAGUGGAGAAUUUUUUCACGUUUCUGAAGAACGUGAAUGACGUGGACACGGCACUGAGUUUCUACCAUAUGGCAGGUGCCUCUAUAGAUAAAGCCACCAUGAAGCAAGUGGCUCGCACUGUAGCCAAGGUGGAGCUGUCAGACCACGUGUGCGACGUGGUGUUCGCCUUAUUCGAUUGCGACGGUAACGGCGAGCUGAGCAACAAGGAGUUCAUAUCCAUCAUGAAGCAGAGGCUGAUGCGGGGGCUUGAGAAGCCCAAGGACAUGGGCUUCACCCGCCUGGUGCGUGCUAUGUGGAAGUGCGCGCAGGACACGGCGUGGGACUUCGCCAUGCCUAAACAGCAGUAGCAGGGUAUAGAGAGAGAGGGAGGUGAGAGAGGUGAAAAGAGCAAGAGAGAGAGAGAGAGAGAGAGAAAGACAGUGGAGCUUAGUCUGCAGCCAACUAAAUUAAGAAUUGAACUUAAGAUGGCAUGUAAUAAAUCGUGCACAUGCUGUAUUGGCCAGGGCUGCUGCAUGAGGUAACUGCUGCAGUGUGUGUGUGUGUGUGUGUGUGUGUGUGUGUGUGUGUGUGUGUG